CCCCCGAUUGCUGCCGCUGCCGCCAUCCUCUCCUCUCCUCUCCUCGCGCUCCUCGGCCUCCGCGACGUACGUGAAGCACGACCCCGUCUCGUCGUCUCCGCGCGCAAGAACCCGCCAGCGACGAUGGAGACGCCGCUCUCCUCCAGGAGGAUCACCCGCUCGCUCGCCGCCGCAUCCGCCCAGAAGAGCGCCGCCGCCGCCGCGGACCUGACCUGCAGCAGAUCCAAGAAGGCCGCCGCCAAGGGAGGAGGGGACGCUCCGCGCGCCGCGCUGCACGACAUCACCAAUGACUCCCCCAUCGUCGGCCUCGCCGCGGGCGGCCUCGUUCACGCCGCCGACAGGACGCCACAGGCCUCCACCGCCGGCGCCAAGAACCGCCCCAGGCCACGCUGCACGCCCGGCUCCGGCGAGGCGCUUCUGCGCGGCCAGGUCAAGACGCUGCUGCAGAAGGUGGACGAGGAGGGCGCUGCCGCCGCCGCCGUCAUCAGGCCAGUCCGCAUCCACGCGCUGCUCGGCGUCACCAGGUCGCCGGCACAGCUCCUCGCGCCCACCCCGUUCAACACGCCGCAGCUCUGGGCCGAUUCCGCCGGCCGUGUGGAGUCCGCGCUGCCUGAUGGCCGGGCCGUGCUGCCCUGCGUCCUGGAGCAGGAGGAACUGAUUCCUAAGCUGCAGGCCAUUGCUGAUCCCCCGCCCAACCGUGCACUGGUGUUCGACGACUCCCCAGGGAAAUCGGACCAGUCCACCAAUGGAUCAUCCCUGACAUUCCACGUGAGCAGCAGCGACAGGUCAGCUGACGACGAUAGCUCGUCGGUUUGGUCCAUCCAGGUGAAUGUCAGCUCGGAGAAGGAGGAGGAGACGGGUGCUGACGCCGUGGGAGAGCUGAAAGAAGAGUACAAUACCGAGGAGGAGCUGGAAGAAGGGUACUACACGGAGGAGGAAGACUGGGAAGACGACGAUGAUGAUAGCGAGUGCUUUGAUGAUCUGUGCGAAGGGAUGUGCAAGAUGUCGGUGCUCGAGGCGGAGGAGAAGAAGAAGGUUGGGCUGCCGGCGUUCGAGGGCAGGCACACCCGGUUCGUCUACAACAGCGACGACGAGAUCGUGGAGACGAAGGAGGUGGAGAACGCGGCGGCGGAGCACGGCGCGCUGCUGAGGGGGCUGCCGGUACCGGAGGGGAAGCAUCUCCGGUUCCACGAUGACGACGACGAGGAGGAGUAAGCAGCAUGGAUCGAAGGGGUGUUUACGUUGAUGGGAUACUGUAGUGUGGUUGUCGCUCCCUGACACCAACCAAGCAACACAUUCUUUUGGUUUGGACAGGCUAUCUUUUUUUUUUGGCUUUGCUUACUUUAUUAUGUUCCAGUUCUUCUGAGGACAUGGUGGUAAAUCUAGGUUAUUGCUGGAUUAGUUAAUGCAUCAACUUACUGAAUAAUUCAAUGCGUAGUUCAUGCUCA